GAAAUAUAAUGGUCCAACUAUAGACAGCGGGUAUCAUAUAUCUCUAUUCAUUUGUAACAUCAAGUUUGUAGAGAUAGCCAUAUGUUUAAAAUAUUAAUAGUGAUUGUAUAACAGUUUGGAUAUAGGAAUUAAAAUGAAACGCCGGUUAACAUUAAAGAAAUCUGUUGCGAUUGUUAUACUUAUUGGAACUUUACUUACAAUAAAUUCUUUGUUCCACUCUGUUACAGUGUCACAUUGGACGCCGCAAUCAUUACAUAUCGUGGCAAAUGUGAAUCAUUUAAAACUGGAUAAUAAUAUUCGGGAAUUAAACAUUUCAAGUAAGAUACAUAAUGUAACCUUUGGUACUAAUAGGUCACGUCAAACUGACCAGUUAGAAGAUUUUAAAAUGUAUAGUCUUGUAGAUCCAAAGGAGCAGUUCGAAACGUCUUUUAAAAUGUUUGGAGAAAAUGAGAAAAAGAAGGCUUUGCUAAUAUUUAACAAGCCAGGGUUCGAAGACGAAGUUUCAACAAAUGAGAGGUUUAAAACAUGUGAAUACAAUAACUGUUAUAUGACGAGCGACAAAUCAUUACUAAAGACCGCCGAUGCCCUCCUGUUUAUAAUUUGUAAUGGCGGCAUGGGUACAAAGCCUCCGAUUGAUACGAAAGAUCGCAAUCCUAACCAGGCCUGGAUAUUCAAGUGCGGUGAAACGCCAAUACAUCAUUGGUACAGUGACUAUAAAUCUCCUGCUUGGAGGAACACAAUGAAUUGGUCUAUUUCGUAUAGAAUUGACUCUGACAUGCCUCACCCUUAUGGUUACUUAAGAACAAGAGUUGUUCCAAGAAAAUUAGACUAUGAAGCCAUUUAUAAAGCUAAGACAAAAACAGCUCUAUGGGUUGUAAGCAACUGCCGUCCGCAGAGUGCACGUGACCUAUACGUCGCUGAACUAGUGAAGAACGGCCUAGAUGUUGACAUUUAUGGGCGGUGUGGACCUAACAAACGAAUUUCUGAAGAAACUUUACAAAAGAUAAUACCGCAAUAUAAGUUUUAUCUGGGAUUUGAGAAUUCUUUAUGUAACGAUUAUGUUACAGAAAAGUUUUUUCUGUACUAUGAAUAUAACUGGGUCGUUGUUGUGCGAGGUGGAGCGGACUAUGACCGAGUUCUUCCGACAAAAACUUACAUAAAUACUGCACAUUAUUCCAAUACGUCAUCAUUAGUUCAGUAUCUUUUAAAUCUCGCAAAUGACAAAGAUAAGUACAUUGACUUUCUGCGUAGAAAAGAUGUAUACGAGCAGAGAUAUGAGUAUGGUCAUAGAUACAGUAUAUGUGAAAUAUGCAGACGACUUAAUAACGUGUCUAAGUUUAGAAAAACAUAUGAUAAUAUGCGUGAUUAUCUUGAAAAUGGGCAGUGUAGGAUGCCAACUGAUGUCAAGUCUUCGGCACAAACCUCGAGAUUUCAAAAUCAUGAGCGCGUUUUUGGGCCAAAAUAAAAUCCCUGUGUUGUCUUUCUGGUUUAAUUUUGCAUUUAUUUUUAGGAAUAAAUCCAUUUUAAUAUUUCAAGUAGUUACAACAUAUAUGUUUAUGAGAAGCAAUACUUUUGUAUUGUAGGAAGGAAAUACUUGAGUAUCAUAAUUAUAUCAGUAAAAUAGUUGAUUUAAAUAUGAAAUAGAUUUACAUAGCUGAUUCACUUACACCUGCAUUCGCUGUAAUUUAGUUUUAUCUAGAAAUGAAUUUAUGCAUGUGUAAGAAUGAUUCAUAUACAUGUAUUAUCAUGGUGAAUAUUAUUAGUUAUAAAGAUCGUUGACAGGUUAUAUGGCCCUAAAUAAAAGGCUAUUUGUAAAUAUAACCCGAGCCGUUAGGCGAGGGUUAUAUUGCAAACAUCUGUUAACAUACAGCCAUAUAACCUGUCAACAAUCUUUAAAACGAAUUUAUAAUACAGCAAGCAUCAUUUUUUGAGAAAAAAGUAAGAUUUCUUCAUGAAUCGACAGCAGUCGUGUAUAUAUAACUAUAUAAACGUCACGAUUAUCCGAUGAAAAAUGACGUUACUAACGUGCAGAAUUAUAAAAAUGGUUAUAAUUAUAUUAACCAACUUGUUUUAACAUGGAGACUUAUCUGGUUUUAUUUAAACAAAGUUUUUUAUGUCUUUCUUUCUUCUUUAAGAUUUGAAUACCUUUUGGCAAACAAUAAAAUCACGACCUCGAGAUUUUUUUACAGAUAUUGGGAUUGUGUGUGCUCAAAUUACAUGAAUAUUGAUCAAAUCGGACUCUAACGUCCGUGUUUAAUUCGUUCAAUUGUGAAUGAAAAUGUGUAUAAAUGAGCUAUGUUGUCUUAUUACCAAGUUUGUUUUAAAAUAAAAAAAGACAUCAAUACAGGAAGCAAAGCAUAUAAAAAACAGAUACCUCGGACAAACAAAAGGAUAGUAUGUUUUUAAAAUGUGUAAAUCAUAAUACUAGAGGUUAGCGUAUUGUUAUGCUAUUUGAAUGUGCUUACUGAUAUUUUCAUCUACGAUUAGCAACACAAUAAACAAACAUACAUGUU